AGUAAAAUGUUACAUUACAACAAUCUUGCUAUUUAUUUUCAAAGCAAGAUAAUUAAAUUUUAAAUAAAGACAAUUACUCUGUUUGAUUGAAAUUUUUUUUAAAGCUGAACUAAAAAAAAAAUAUAUUUGAGCAAUAAUGACACCAAAACUGUGAACAAUUCGCAGAAAAGUUUAAAUAAUAUUUUCUCCUUUUGCGAUACCGAAAGCGGUACAUUUUGAUGUUCUUAUUUAUUUUGAAGGAUGAUGUCUUAAUAAAAUAGAAAUUAAAGAUCUUUUACAUAAUCGAAACUUGAAAAAGUGAAAGUGUUCAUUUGUAUUUAAAGGCAUGGCAGAAAUAGGUGAAGAUGAAGGCUCUCUUAUUACGGUUGUAGUUGAUCUCAAUCCUUCACCUUAUCUUAUUAAAGAUGGCGAGUGUAUCAUGCCCAGAUGUUUGGAUGCUGUGGCAGCAUUCUGUAAUGCUCACAUGAUGCUAAGCCCCCUGAACAAGAUUGCUGUUAUAGGAUGUCAUACUAAACAGAGUUGUUUUUUAUUUCCUACUCCUACUUCUUCUGAAGCAGAAGACUUCAGGCCAGCUGAUGGGCAGUAUGAACUAUUUGCUGACAUCAAGAAUUCAAUCCUGAAAAAUACAAAAAAACUUGUUUUUCAAAAUUCAGAUACUGAUGUUUAUACUGAAUCUUUAAUAGCAGGUGCCAUGACUAUGGCAUUGUGUUAUAUUCACCGUGUACAGAAACAACAGAUUGUGGAGACAAAGAUUCCAUCCAGGAUUUUAGUCAUUACAGCUUCUGGUGAUAGUGCAUCUCAAUAUAUGAAUUUCAUGAAUGUUUUCUUCACUUCUCAGAAAGAAGGUGUUCUAAUUGAUGCUUGUGUUGUGGAGAAGGAUUCAGGCUUGUUGCAGCAGGGUUGCGACAUCACUGGAGGAAUGUAUUUGAAGGUUCAAAAUAUUUCUGCUCUUCUACAAUACUUAUUAUGGAUCUUUUUGCCUGGCACAGAAAUCCGCAAACAGAUGAUUCUUCCUCCUCGGGUUCAUGUGGAUUAUCGAGCAGCAUGCUUCUGCCAUCGAAAUCUCAUUGAGAUUGGUUAUGUUUGUUCAGUUUGUCUUUCCAUUUUUUGUACAUUCAGUCCAAUAUGCUCUACUUGCCAAACUGCCUUUAAACUCGGACCACUCCCGAACAUAAUCGGCAAGAAAAAGAGAAAACAAGUUCCAUUGAGAAAUUGAUUGUUUUGCUGUUAUAUGUUGUACAUAUAAAUUUGUCUUUCAUAAAAGAGAUUUUCUUUUGAAGAUUGUAAAAAAUCAAUGUAUUAAAAUGAAAUGUAUUUUUUUAAAGAUGCCUUGAAAUUAAA